AUGAAUUGUCUUUCAAUCAAUCUUAGGGGGGUGAGAAACAACCGGAAGUCAGAUUGGAUUCGGGGUCUUAAAACUGGCUAUGGGAUACACUUUCUCGCUAUUCAAGAAACGAAGUUGCAGGAUUCCGAGUCUUUCAUGUUUAAUCAGUUCUGGGGUAGAUCGGUGUAUGAAUUAGCAGUGGUGAACUCACAAGGAAGAUCAGGAGGAUUAGCGUGUUUAUGGUGUCCAUCCGUUUUCAGGUGCGUUGAUAUAAUUCGCAACAGAUUUUUUAUUGUGAUUUCCGGAUAUAUGUUGCCCUCGGGUUGUAGAAUCAAUUACAUGAAUGUAUAUGCUCCUAAUGACAUUGUUGGUAGAAGGGCAGUUUGGUCAGAAAUAUUGGGUGUGAGAAAUUCAAUACAAGGUUUAUGGGUAUUGAUGGGUGACUUUAAUGAGGUUCGGGAUGCUAGUGAGCGUAGGAACUCAGAAUUUAUUGAAGAAAAUGCUGAAGUUUUUAAUCAGUUUAUCUUAUCGGCUGGUCUGGUUGAGUAUAAUAUGGGUGGGGGCAACUUCACAUAUAUAUCAGAUAAUGGUCAAAAGCUUAGUAAGUUGGAUCGUUUUCUGGUGUGUUUGGGUUUUAGGGAACAGUGGCCUAAUGCAACCGUAUUAGCUCUAGACAGAGUGGCGUCCGAUCACAGACCCAUUGUUUUGUCCACUGUACAAUCGGAUUUCGGUCAUAUUCCCUUCAGAUUUUUCAACUCUUGGUUUGAGUAUCCUGGUUUUGUCGAUUAUGUGCUGCAAUUAUGUGGGGCUUUUUCUUUUUCGGGCCCGGAGGACCUUGCCCUUGCAAUCAAGUUACGGUGGUUAAAAAACAAGAUCAAGUCUUGGCUAAAAGAGGAAAAGGAAACACGGGAAGGCACUUAUGGAUCUAAAAAGAGUAGGUUGACCAGCAUUGAAAGUCUAGCGGAGGAAAGACCGCUUCUGGAAGAAGAGUUGGCUGAACGAGCAGAUUGUCGAAAUUAUGUGGUAGAAUUCGACAGAUUAAAGCAGCUUGACCUAAGACAAAAAUCAAGAUCAAAGUGGGCUAUAGAUGGCGAUGAAAAUUCAGCUUAUUUCCAUCACAUAAUUAAUGCGAACAUCUCUACUAAUAGAUUGAAUGGUUUGAUGAUUGAUGGAGGUUGGGUUAUGACUCCUUUGUCUAUCAAGGAGUCACUGUUCGAGUUCAUUAAUCAUCAGUUCAUGGAGUUAAUGCCUGUUAGGCGGGUAUUGGCAUGUCCUAAUCUGGCAACCAUUUCGGAUAAUGAGGCUGCUAUGUUGGAGUGUCCUUUUUCUGUGGUGGAAAUUAAAACAGCAGUGUGGGAAUGUGAAGGGGAUCGAGCACCAGGACCGGAUGGAUUUAAUUUUCAGUUUAUUAAGAAGUGA